GACCCCACAGAGCCGGUGCCGCGCCACUUGCCACUCUCGCAAGCCUCUUGCACGACGUUACACGCGACCCUAAGUGAUCGUCGCAGUGAUCUCUCUCCCUCGACUCUCACGACUUAGCAAACGAAAGUAAUAGUAACAGCCGAUCAAGAUGUGUGACGAUGAUGUUGCGGCAUUAGUUGUGGAUAAUGGGUCCGGUAUGUGCAAGGCCGGAUUCGCGGGGGAUGACGCACCACGGGCUGUGUUCCCCAGCAUCGUUGGCCGUCCACGUCAUCAGGGCGUGAUGGUCGGUAUGGGCCAAAAAGACAGCUACGUUGGCGACGAGGCGCAAAGUAAGAGAGGUAUAUUGACAUUAAAAUAUCCUAUAGAACAUGGUAUUAUUACCAAUUGGGAUGACAUGGAGAAAAUAUGGCACCAUACCUUUUACAACGAAUUGCGUGUCGCUCCGGAGGAACACCCUGUCCUUCUCACCGAGGCGCCCUUAAAUCCAAAAGCUAAUCGCGAGAAGAUGACGCAGAUCAUGUUCGAAACCUUCAACAGCCCGGCCAUGUACGUCGCCAUCCAGGCCGUCCUGUCCCUGUACGCCUCCGGUCGUACCACUGGUAUCGUCCUGGACUCCGGUGACGGAGUCUCUCACACCGUACCCAUCUACGAGGGUUACGCUCUUCCCCAUGCCAUCCUUCGUCUGGACUUGGCCGGUCGCGAUCUUACCGAUUAUCUUAUGAAGAUCCUCACCGAGAGAGGCUACAGCUUCACCACCACGGCCGAGCGAGAGAUCGUCCGUGACAUUAAAGAAAAGCUUUGCUAUGUCGCCCUGGACUUCGAACAGGAAAUGGCCACCGCUGCCGCCAGCACCUCCCUCGAGAAGAGCUACGAAUUGCCUGAUGGUCAGGUCAUCACCAUCGGUAAUGAGAGGUUCCGUUGUCCCGAAGCUCUUUUCCAGCCUUCUUUCCUGGGUAUGGAAUCAUGUGGUAUCCACGAGACCGUCUACAACUCUAUCAUGAAGUGCGACGUCGAUAUACGCAAGGAUCUUUAUGCUAAUACCGUCCUCUCCGGUGGCACCACCAUGUAUCCCGGUAUCGCUGAUCGUAUGCAGAAGGAAAUCACCGCUCUCGCACCUUCUACUAUCAAGAUUAAGAUCAUCGCUCCACCCGAGAGGAAGUACUCCGUAUGGAUCGGUGGUUCCAUCCUUGCUUCUCUAUCGACCUUCCAACAGAUGUGGAUCUCCAAACAGGAAUACGACGAAUCUGGCCCUGGCAUUGUUCACCGCAAGUGCUUCUAAGGACACACCGUGAAACCAAUCAUGUUCACCAACACCUUUAUCACGAUUCUUCUCUUUUUCUUCUUUAUCUCCUUUUCUACGCACAUAAUAAUCAUACUUUAUCAAACUAGAUUCAUCAUUACAUAUAAAGAUGCGAGAAGAUGAAGAGGAAGAGAAGAGUGAAAUAGGAAGAGAGCGAGGGAGAGAGAAAGAGAAAAUAUAAAGACAGAUAUAAAGACAGAAUGAGACAGUUAUUCAAGUGCCUUUAUGUUAUACAUUUACCAAAUUCUACUGUACUUUGUAGUUUGUACAACACGACUGUAUGUUUGUGAACGUUAAUUAAUUUAUUGAUAAUCUCCUCAGCCAACCCAACCAACAAGUUCUCCAACACGAUCAUUCAUACAUAUACACGCAUAUGAUAUACAAAGCACAUGCUCUUUCGUUAAUGAUUGUGUAAGUUUGGCAUUUGCGACACCUGUAAAAAUGAUUAUUGAUAACAACGAGGGACACGGACGACCAUUACCGAUUACAUUGACGUCGGCUCAUAUUGCUGCCUGGCGGAUCGUUCUUAUUGUACCUUACGAUUAUAAAAAUGGUAAUAAAAUCAUAUGUUAUAUAAUAA